AACAUGUGAUGAUGAUGGGGUGUAUAUAGUAACCCUUCGGGUGGUUUUAUACAGGUUUCCCAUGACGAGGAGAUACCCACACCUACUCCAUAUUUUUUUUUUCCCUCUGAAAAACACCAGUACAGUCUUUCCCUAUGCCAGGUCCGGACCUCGCGCCAUAUCAAGAUGAGGUUAAGAAAAUCGGGUAUGCAACGUCUUAUGAGAGACAGACCGUCUUCUUGACGGGCAGUACGGGCUCACUGGGAGGGUGUAUUCUGUAUAAGCUGGCAGCGCAGCUUCCGACGCAGAAGAUUUUUGUCUUGAUCCGCGGGUCGUCAGAGUUGGCUGUGAAGAAAUGGAAAAAGACCAUGCCGGAUCACACGCAGGCGAUUCUGAACUCGAACAGGAUUCAUUACAUAGUCGGGGAUAUUAGGCAGUCGGACUUCGGGAUUGAGGACGCGAUGUUGAACCGAUUGCGUGAAGAGGUCACGCUAGUUAUACAUGCAGCUGCGAAAAUCAAACUAGAUGCGAGCAUCUCUGAAGCGCUAGAGAAUAAUUGUCUGCCCGCAUUAGAGUUGGCUGCGAUGGUUUCCCGGUUUCGUCGACUUAGGCUGUUCAUCCAGAUUUCCACGGCUUAUGUGAACAGUUUUCUGCCGGAUGGUUAUGUGGGCGAGCGACUGUACCCCGUUUCAGACGACGACCCAGAGGAUGAAUUGGCAAGCAUACAAGAAACUGGACAGUCGCCUUAUACGGAUAGAUUUUCUUCAUCUUAUACCCAUGCGAAGCAUCUUAUGGAGCGCUUGACGUUCAGGCGGUAUCCCACGCUCCCGGUAUUGUUUGUUCGUCCGACAAUCUUUGGACCGGCUGUCAGAGACCCAUACCCACUGUACGGGCCCGAGGAUUCGACGCCUCUGACGAAGUUCUCUACGUUGUACUUUUCAGACCAGGGAGGUACCCAGAUAUGGCACGCCGCAGAGGGCUAUAAGAGUGGACAGAAUAUCUUGGAUGAAAUACCAGUUGACUUUGUCGCAAAUGCGUGCCUUUUGCAUGCAGCUGCUGGAACGCGAGGAAUCGUUCAUAUCGGAUCGCAAUUAUAUGUGAGCCAUACGUUCGACGAGAUUCUAGCCAUAUGCAGGGAAAAUGCCCCGGAAGAGAUUCGGCAUGAGCUACCAAAAAUAAUAUUUGUGCAAGAUCGAAGUAUCCCACAACAUAUCCUGGCAGAGCUUGUCAAGGUGGGCACCCGCAACUGGAUUUUCGAUUGUGGGCGAUCAUACUGGCUGAAACAGCUCGGGGGUCCUUUAAGCUUAGCGUUCUGUCAACAUUAUCUUGACAAGCUCUCUUCAGCACGGACAAAAGAAGCUUAUGAGAAGGUGCUGAAAAGAAUGGGGAAGCUUUGAAGAGGCGUCUGUGCCUUGUUUUGAGACAGUCGUUUGCAAGACCUGUUAUUUAUAUGCGACGGCCUUAUUUGUCUUUAGUCUGUGCUGAUAGAUCCGUGUCAAUCUGUACGCUGAC